AGUAUCUCUGGGUUGGAGUAGAGAAAAAAUAUAAUCAUUCCUAGUCAGUUUUACGAUCAUUGAAAUCUGCAGCCUGUUCUAUCCUAAUUACUGUUCUUUUGUUACCACUUGGUUUCUACUAUCCUUCUACCUGCAUCACUCUUAACCGGGCAGCUCCCACCGGUCAGGAAAUCUGAAGAUGGAAAAAGGUGACGCACCACAUGACUCAGCUCCCCCAUAUCCUGGACCGCCAAUGAACUAUGGGAUGACUGCACCUCCACCUGUUGCAUACCAAGGAGUCCCAGCUGCAUCUGUCACACCAGUGACUCAUAUGGUAGUUACCCCUGCACUACAAGGUAUCCCAGGACAAACUGUGUGUCCCCACUGCAGUCAGACUGUAGUUACUACGACGGAGCACACCGUAGGCCUGAUGACCUGGGCCAUUUGUGGUGGCCUCACCAUUUUGGGGUGUUUUCUGUGCUGCUGCAUCCCGUUCUGCGUUGAUUCCUGUAAAGAUGUGGAGCACAGCUGUCCAUCUUGUCAAAAGGUCAUCUACGUCUACAAGCGGUUAUGAGACUGACUGUAUGUGGUUGAUAAAAACGUACGCAGUAGCUUAAAAGUAGUCCUCUACUAAUCAAACGUGCAUGUACUUGAAGCUGAUGUGAUGCAUAUAUAAGGAAGGUCCCUCUCUAACCUUUGACCUGCUGAGCAGUAACAGAAUACAUGUAAUUGAGGAAAUGUAGUUGCAGUUG